AUGCGAUCACGGCUGGGUUCACAGCAUAUUACAACAUGGUCACCGAUGGCAGAUUUAGACAGUGUGACCUCUGGGCCCUUGAAGACUCAACUGUCCAACCGUUUGAGGGAGCACGUGCUUACCUCUCGGGACCAAAAAGCAAUUAUAAGACCCAGGGAGGCCAGCAAAGUUCAGGUUCAAAGAAGCGCAUUCACAGAGGAUGCUCGUGCAGGAAAAAACCUGAAAGCAAUGCAGCCACCCAACCUCAGUGGGUUCUGGACUCCUCAGCCACUAACCACCAGCCCCACCCCCCAGCCCAUUGGUGUACACCACAGUCUGACGCCACGGGCUGAGGAUUCAAAGCUGGCAGACCACCAAGGUUGCACCGUGGACAAUACCCAGCCUGUAACAAAGGCUGAGAAUCUGGAGUACCAAUUAAAAUGGAAGAACGCCCCCCCACCCCCCAACAGGCGGCGGAUCUUGGCCACCAGUUCCGUCCGCUGGAGGUGGCGGCGGAACCAGGCCGAGGCGCGCGGGAAUGCCUUGGUUGGGGGGGGGGGGGGGGAUGUUGCGGGGCGGGGAGGGGGGGGUGGUACGGGGAGGUGGUCCGGACGAGAUCGGAGAGAAAGCGUGCGGAGGGGAGUGCGGGAGGAGAGCAGCCGGCUUUUAGGACGGGGUGUGGGGCGCUUCUGUGGGCCCCAGGCUGUGGGGGUGGUCCUCAGAUCCCACAGACUCCCCAGCCCCCCAGCCCCCGACCUGGGACGAAAGGGCUGGCCCGCCGCGCUCCCAGCGGUGGAGAUGGUGGUGCUGAUGGGGGGCGCGGGGGGAGGCUCUGCUCUCGAGAAUCGGGGUCCUCCAAGGGGCACGGAUGGGGUCCGUCCGCACCCCUCGCCCUGA